GCGCCAACCGUGACAGACCGUAAAGAAAUUUCACUCCGCGUGUAUACGACCCCACGACAUUUCUAUUUUAGAACUUGGAUAUAGAUCCUCCAAUACUACAAAAGACACCUCACAGGACCAACGUUUUAAUAAUAUGGGAAAAGAAAAUAUAUGUUUUUUCACUGCUUGGAUACUUUUGGGAAAAAUCUUUGCCACUUUUUGUUCGGACCCUGAACUCACCACCAACGCAGUUUUUGUGAACAACAGCAUCACCCCCACCUCCCCGCCCGCCACCACCGCCGAAUGGCUCACCGACUACACAGACAUCGUGUCCAAGUUCUCCCUUCGUACGGCCGACAUUCCAGAUGACGACAUGUGCUACAUUGUGGCCGGGAGGCCCGACACCAUCCAUGAGUGCGAGUUCAAUGCGCAGACGCAGACGUUUGUCAUCAUCCACGGCUGGACGGUAACAGGCAUGUUUGAGAGCUGGGUGCCCAAGUUGGUGUCGGCCCUGUACGAGCGUGUGCCCAACGCUAACGUGAUUGUGGUGGACUGGCUGACCCGUGCCAACCAGCACUACUCGACCUCUGCCGCCUACACCAAACUGGUGGGACGAGACGUGGCCAAGUUUGUCACCUGGAUACAAAAAGAACUGCAGCUGCCCUGGGACAGGAUCCACCUGCUGGGUUACAGUCUCGGGGCGCACGUGGCCGGGAUUGCCGGGGACCUCACCGACCACAAGAUCAGCAGGAUCACAGGACUGGAUCCCGCCGGUCCCACAUUCGAGCAUGCCGACGACCAAAACGUACUGUCUAGAGACGACGCCCAGUUUGUGGAUGUCCUGCAUACUAACACUCGAGGCUCGCCGGGCCGCAGUAUCGGCAUCCAGAAACCCGUCGGCCACAUUGACAUCUACCCCAACGGAGGCACCUUCCAACCGGGCUGCGACAUCCAGAACACCCUGAGGGGGAUUGCGCUGGAAGGCAUCAAGGGCCUGCAAAACAUGGACCAACUGGUCAAGUGCUCCCACGAGCGCUCCAUCCACCUGUUCAUCGACUCGCUGCUCAACACGCAGCAGCAGAGCAUGGCCUUCCGUUGCAACUCGCGCGAGGCUUUCAACAAGGGCCUGUGCCUCAGCUGCCGCAAGAACCGCUGCAACAAGAUCGGCUAUAACAUCAACAAGAUCCGCAUGACGCGUAGUGCCACGAUGUAUCUCAAGACUCGGGAAAUGAUGCCAUACAAAGUUUUCCACUACCAAGUGAAGAUACACCUGUUCAGCCAGGAAAGCCUGACUUUCAAUCAACAGCCCAUAAAGAUUUCCCUGUAUGGAACCCACGGAGAGAAAGAAGACAUCCCCUUUGUCCUGCCUAUCAUGAACGGCAACAGCACGCUGUCCUUCCUGAUCACCACCGACGUGGACAUCGGCAACUUGAUGAUCGUCAAGCUGCGCUGGGAGAAGGACGCCAUCAUCAGCUGGUCGGACUGGUGGGGCAACAGCAAGUUUAACAUCCGAAAGUUACGAAUCAAGUCGGGGGAGACCCAGUCUAAGGUGAUCUUCAGUGCAAAGGAAGGGGAGUUCACCGAUCUGGUCAGAGGAGGAGAAGAUGCCGUCUUUGUCAAGUCCAAAGAAGACAACAGGAGUCGUAAAGAGAAGCUGAUGCACAAGUUGAAGAUGCAGGGCAGUCUGUUUGGUCAGAUUGAUGCUUGAAGAUGCAGUUGAACACACACAUACACACACACACGUCAUCCUGCACCUCAUCAAGCUGAACGUGCACAGCCAAAGAAGGACAAAACUUGCAUGGGAAUUGGCAAUCUUACCGUAUGCAAAAUGACUGUGGACCUUGAAAAAAAAAAAUGUUACAUGAGUGAUGAUGUGCUCACAUUUUAAAUUUGUACACGUUCUCUUCUCAAUCAUUUGUCUAUGCUUUUACCGUUUGUCAUUUAUACACUUACUGUGCCUGUAUGAGCUUUGAUGAUUUGAGGGAUUCAGGGUGACCAGGCAUAAUUUAGGCACGUUUGUUGUGUUUGUCCUAAAAAAUGCAAAAACCAUCAUUUUCUUUUGUCUCUUUGCCUAACUACUAACCGCCAACAAUCGACAGGGACCAAAGAGUUAUUGACUAUCUACUGAAUCACAUAUAAAUGACAUUUAAAAAAAAAAAAGUUUGAUAUUUGGAAUUCUGAAUUGUAUUCAUUUGAUUCGUUUUGGUUAUUGUAUCACAGGUCACUUUAAAACAUCCUUGUCUUCUUCCUUGCAGAUUUUUUUUUUUUAUUAUUAUGCUCAGUCUGAGAUUGCAGCCUUACUUUCAAAGGCAACACAUGUUACAUGAUUGCUGCAAAUAAAAAUAAACACGCAAGCCGCUGUAGUUUGUGAUGGACCUUCCAGCACCGUAACCAUAAUACAUCUCAAGAAUACACCAUAUUGUAUUUAUUGAAUGUACAUUUAUAUAUUUGUAUAUUACGCUGUAAUAUAUUUUGCCAUGCUUUCGUUGUUUGUAUUUUUAUAAGAAGCCGUUCUGUGAUUAUUCUCUAAUGUGCCAGCUAUUUGAAUGAGGGGUCAGACGGUUCUCCAUUUCUGCUGUUGAGCCCAUUUAUCAACCGAUUUGCAGUGCACUGUAUUAAGAAAGAGCCCGAGGUGGUUUAAUAAAGAUGAAAAAUGACA